AUGCUGGAUCGGAUUUUCGGGACUCGCCGGACGCGUCAAUUCCAGCGGAUUUUCCGUAACGGCAAGAUCACGCUUUUUUGCUUGGUCCUAACCAUCGUCGUCCUGCGUGGCAACCUCGGUGCCGGAAAGUUUGGCACGCCGGAGCAGGAUUUUAAGGAGAUCCGGGAAACGUUCUAUCAUGUACGGGGCAAGCGGGCCGAGCCCCGCCGCGUCCUCGAAGAAUUACAGACAACCACUGACCAGACGACAACGGCGUCGUCGACCAAUAAUUACGCGGAAUUUGACAUCAAUAAGUUGUUUGUUGAUGAAGAAGACGAUGUGAAGAAGAAUCCAAACGAACCCUACAGCAUAGGGCCCAAGAUCUCAGAUUGGGACGAACAAAGAGGUGAUUGGCUGAAACAAAACCCUAAUUUCCCUAAUUUUCUCAAUGCUAAUAAACCUAGGGUUUUGCUUGUAACCGGGUCUUCACCAAAACCCUGUGAGAAUCCAGUUGGUGAUCAUUAUCUUCUGAAAUCGAUCAAAAACAAGAUAGAUUACUGUAGGGUACACGGGAUCGAAAUCUUCUACAACAUGGCUUUACUCGACGCAGAAAUGGCUGGUUUUUGGGCUAAACUGCCAUUAAUCAGAAAGCUUCUACUGAGCCACCCUGAAGUAGAGUUCUUAUGGUGGAUGGAUAGUGACGCCAUGUUUACAGACAUGGCAUUUGAGGUUCCAUGGGAGAGAUACAAAGACAAAAACCUGGUUCUCCAUGGUUGGAAUGAAAUGGUGUAUGAUCAAAAGAAUUGGAUCGGAUUAAACACAGGUAGCUUUUUACUCAGAAACUGUCAAUGGUCUUUGGAUUUACUCGAUGUUUGGGCUCCCAUGGGUCCGAAGGGGAAAAUCAGAGAAGAAGCUGGAAAGAUUUUGACCCGUGAACUCAAAGAUCGACCCGUUUUUGAAGCAGAUGAUCAAUCUGCUAUGGUGUGGCUAUUGGCUUCACAGAAGGAAAAAUGGGCGAAUAAAGUUUAUCUAGAAAAUCAUUAUUAUCUUCAUGGUUAUUGGGGGAUUUUGGUUGAUAGAUAUGAGGAAAUGAUUGCAAGUUAUCAUCCAGGUUUAGGUGAUCAUAGGUGGCCUCUUGUUACUCAUUUUGUGGGGUGUAAACCUUGUGGGAAAUUCGGUGAUUACCCUGUUGAAAGAUGUUUGAAACAAAUGGAUCGAGCUUUUAAUUUUGGGGAUAAUCAGAUUUUACAAAUGUAUGGAUUCACUCACAAAUCACUUGCUAGUAGGAGGGUGAAAAGAACAAGAAAUGAUACAAGUAAUCCUCUUGAAGUGAAAGAUGAACUUGGUUUGUUACACCCUGCGUAUAAAGCUAUUAAGGUAUCAUCAUCAUCAUGA